AUGUCCUUUCCCCCUGAUGAAGUUAAAGAGUUGGUUUUGGAAAUCUCCCAGAUUCUAAAAUCAAAAAAUCAAACGCUAGCCAUAUCGGAAGCGGCGUGUGGUGGGCUUUUAUCUGCGUACCUUGUGUCUGUCCCUGGAGCACUGGCAUUUUACAUAGGAGGCAAGUUGGUGUAUUCUUUGAAGCAAAGGUUGAAGCUUUCUGGUUGGUCAGACGAAGACAUAAGGAAUUAUAUGGGCCCCUCGGAAGCAGUUGCUUUAAAAUUGGCAAGAACCACGAAGUAUGAAUUGGGCUCAACCUAUGUGUUAUCGGAGACUGGGUUUGCAGGUCCAACCACAGAUUUACAUUUAGCAAAUGAUAGUAAAAUUUCUGAUAAAUCUAAAGGCGUAGGAACAGUUUACUUGGGGCUCAGUGGACCAAAGGGUGAUGUUUCGUGUUCAUACCAUACAGACAGUUCAGAUAGAUCGUACAAUAUGACACAAUUCGCCAAGAUGGGGCUACAAUUCUUGUUAACAGAAUUGCAGAAGGAAUAG